AUGGCUGAGCUCAUGAGGAGGCCCCGCCUGAUUGGGAAGCUACAAGACGAGGUAAGGAGUAUUGUACCCCAGGGACAGGAAAUUGUCAGUGAAGCCGACAUGAACAAUAUGACAUACCUAAGAGCAGUCAUAAAGGAGUCACUCCGACUUCAUCCUGUUGCACCUUUACUUGCUCCACACCUUGCCAUGGCUGACUGCAGUAUUGAUGGGUACAUGAUUCCUGCUGGAACACAUGUCUUCGUCAAUGUAUGGGCCAUUGGUAGAGACUCUAGCUCUUGGGAGGACAGUGAAGAAUUCAUACCUGAAAGAUUUACAGAGGAAGGCAGUGAUGUGCAUGUCAACUUUGUAGGGAGUAAUUUUAAACUCUUGCCGUUCGGGGCAGGACGCAGGAUAUGCCCUGGUAUAAACUUCGGAAUCACGACUGUUGAGCUUAUGUUGGCAAACUUGAUGUACCAUUUCGACUGGGAACUGCCAAUAGGGUUUAAGAGGAAAGACAUUGAUAUGACAGAGGUGUUUGGACUAACUGUGCGCCUGAAGGAGAAAUUACUGUUAGUUCCAAAAUCACGCAUGUAA